CACACUCCAGAGACCCCCCCGGGCACCCCCCACAUCCCUGGGCCCCCCAGGGACCCCACUGUGCUGCAAAUGCCCCCCCCCCCAUGUGCCAAUGUGGGACAUGACCUCCCCCUCCGUCGCCACCAGGGAAAGGGGGGGCAGGGAAUGGGGGGGGCCCAGGCAUCCAGGCCCCUCGGCACUGACCCCCAUCUACUCUUCCAGACACGCCGAAGACCUGAUCGUCACCCCCUUCGCCCAGGUGCUGGCGAGUCUCCGCAGCGUCCGCAGCAACUUCUCCAUCCUCGCAAAUGUCCCGACCCCCCCGGGCAGCAGGCGGUCGCCCCUGGGGUCCCAGCCCCCCGUCUGCAAGGCCUCGCUCUCAGAGGAGACCUACCAGCAGCUGGCCCGGGAGACGCUGGAGGAGCUCGACUGGUGCCUCGACCAGCUGGAGACCAUCCAGACCCACCGCUCCGUCAGCGAGAUGGCCUCCAACAAGUUCAAGAGGAUGCUGAACCGGGAGCUGACCCACCUCUCCGAGAUGAGCCGCUCCGGGAACCAGGUCUCCGAGUACAUCUCCAGCACCUUCCUGGACAAGCAGCACGAGGUGGAGAUCCCGUCGCCCGGCCUCAAGGACCGCGACAAGAAGCAGCGGCAGCAGCAGCAGCCCAUGAGCCGCAUCAGCGGCGUGAAGAAGCCGGCGCCCGGCCCCGGCCUCGGCGGCUCCGGCGUCCCGCGCUUCGGCGUCCGGACCGACCAGGAGGAGCUGCUGGGCAAGGAGCUCGACAGCCUCAACAAGUGGGGCCUCAACAUCUUCCGCGUCUCCGAGUACUCCAACCACCGCUCGCUCAGCUGCAUCAUGUACACGAUAUUCCAGGAGCGGGAGCUGGUGAAAACCUUCAAGAUCCCGGUGGACACGCUGCUGACCUACACGCUCACGCUGGAGGACCACUACCACGCCGACGUGGCCUACCACAACAGCCUGCACGCCGCCGACGUCAUGCAGUCCACCCACGUCCUGCUGUCCACGCCGGCCCUCGACGCCGUCUUCACCGACCUGGAGAUCCUGGCGGCCCUCUUCGCCGCGGCCAUCCACGACGUGGACCACCCCGGCGUCUCCAACCAGUUCCUCAUCAACACCAACUCGGAGCUGGCCCUGAUGUACAACGACGAGUCGGUGCUGGAGAACCACCACUUGGCCGUGGGCUUCAAGCUGCUGCAGGAGGAGAACUGCGACAUCUUCCAGAACCUCAGCAAGCGCCAGCGCCAGACCCUCCGCAAGAUGGUCAUCGACAUGGUCCUGGCCACGGACAUGUCCAAGCACAUGAGCCUCUUGGCCGACCUCAAGACGAUGGUGGAGACCAAGAAGGUGACGAGCUCCGGGGUGCUGCUGCUGGACAACUACACGGACCGGAUCCAGGUGCUGCGUAACAUGGUGCACUGCGCCGACCUGAGCAACCCCACGAAGCCGCUGGAGCUCUACCGGCAGUGGACGGACCGCAUCAUGGAGGAGUUCUUCCGGCAGGGCGACAAGGAGCGGGAGCGGGGCAUGGAGAUCAGCCCCAUGUGCGACAAGCACACCGCCUCCGUGGAGAAGUCCCAGGUGGGCUUCAUCGACUACAUCGUGCACCCGCUGUGGGAGACCUGGGCCGACCUGGUGCACCCGGACGCCCAGGAGAUCCUGGACGCGCUGGAGGACAACCGGGACUGGUACCACAGCAUGAUGCCCCCCAGCCCCUCGCCGCCCCCCGACGCCGAGCCCCCCGCCCGGCCCGGCCCCCACGCCUUCCGCUUCGAGCUGACGCUGGAGGAGGAGGAGGAGGCGGGGGGCCGCCCGCCCCCCCCCGCCGCGGACCCCCCCGACGACGACGAGGACGACGAGGAGGAGGAGGAGGAUGAAGAGCACCAGGGACUCGCAGGGGACGCAGGGCCCGGGCAGUGGUGACCUCGACCCCCGCCGGGGUUUGGGGGCUGGGGUGGGGGGGCACGGAGGACUGACCCCCCCACACACUACACGCCCCCCACCUCCCCCCAGCAGAACUCAGAUUUAUUUUAUUUUAAUUUUAUUGGGUUUUAUUUGGAGGGGGCGGGCAGGGGGAUUUUUAUUGUAUUUUUUAAAAAACUUCAAAAGACAAAAAAAGAGGAUGCCCCCCCCCCAUAGUGCACUCCCCCCCCCCCCAGCCCAGGAAACAAGCAAAUAUAUAUAAAGACAAAAAACAGCAGCACGGACAGGGCACCCAGCCCGGGGGGGGGCACUGGGGGGGGCUGCAGCCCCCCAGCCCCCUCCCUCACCCAAAGCCAUUUCUCCGAGCGAGGACGGGGCAGCGGGGGGGGGCACAGCCCCGGGGAGGGGGCAGUUUGGGGGCUGUUCUGAGGUACGAAGCCCCCCCCCAGGGGUGGUUGGGGGGGGGGUCUGCACUGCCCAGCUGCGGGGUCAGUGCUGGGGGGGGGGGCAGGACACUGGAGCCCCCCCUAAGUCUUCCGCUUGCCCCCCACACACACUUUGGUGAUGAUUUGGGGGGGCAGCCCUGUGCCCCCCGCAGUGGGGCUGGGGGGGCAUCCCCCUGGGCACCCCCAAAGGCACAUCUUUGUGUGUGGGGGGGGGUCCCACCGUCCCCAAUAGAGGUGAAGCAAUAACACGGUUCCCCCCCCCCCGGCCUUCUCGGAGGGUUUUGGGAGGGGGGGACACCAGGGCGGGGGUGUCAGAGCCCCGGGAAGGGGUCAGAGCCUGAGCGGGGGGGGGGGAUCCCGCUGCCUCUGAACCCAGUACUG